AUGAAGGAGUAUCAUUACACGGGUCCCGUGGAACACAGGUUUUCUCCUUACGCCUUUAAUGGAGGGACUGUUUUGGCUGUGGCUGGAGAAGACUUCGCCAUCGUAGCCUCAGACACUCGACUGAGUGAGGGUUACUCCAUCCAUUGUCGCGACUCUCCAAAGUGCUACAGAUUGACAGACACGACUGUCAUUGGCUGUAGUGGUUUCCACGGUGACUGCCUGACUCUCACUAAAAUCAUUGAUGCCAGACUAAAGAUGUACAAGCACUCAAACAAUAAGAUGAUGACAAGUGGAGCCAUUGCAGCCAUGCUGUCUACAAUCUUGUACGGCAGGCGCUUUUUCCCCUACUAUGUAUACAACAUCAUUGGCGGACUGGAUGAAGAGGGGAAAGGUGCUGUAUACAGUUUUGACCCAGUGGGAUCUUACCAGAGAGACACCUACAAGGCUGGUGGAUCAGCCAGUGCCAUGUUACAACCACUUCUUGAUAACCAGAUUGGUUUCAAGAAUAUGGAGGGUGUCCAGCAUGUUCCCCUGACAAAGGAGAAGGCCGUUCAAUUGGUCAAAGAUGUGUUUAUCUCUGCGGCAGAGAGAGAUGUGUACACUGGAGAUGCACUUAGGAUCUGUCUAAUCACAAAAGAGGGUGUAGAUGAGCAGACAAUUCCGUUGAGGAAAGAUUGA